AUGUCGGCCCAAUUGUCCUCGCCUGCCGUUCCGGGCGACGGCGAACGAGCCUCGAAGCCCGACGGCGAAGCGGUGGCCGUCACCCUCGCCGAUUCUGAAAUAUCCGGCGCAUCCGAAGCUCAUGCCCCAGCGCCCGCCUCCACCAACGGCCAAACGCCGGCGCCCAACCGCCGCUCCAUCACCCUGCUGUCGCGGACGAGCAUAUCCCACGUCGUAAAGGACAGGGACAAGGAUGGGACCAAGAGCCUGACCAAGACGCUGAGCGGCGGCACGACGCCCGCCGCCAACGUCGGCAUGGACACGCUGAGCACGCAAAUAUACCUCCGCACCACCAACAGCGGCGGCCCCGAGCCCCCCUCCAUCACCCACCGUCUGCGGAACUCGGCGAGGUCGGAGAGCCCGACGGUGGAGAACGGAAACGCCAACGAGAUGGCGAACAAGCCGCCGAGCGUCGUCAUCGACGCUCCGCGGGACCGCCGGUACGUCUGCAUGAGCGAGGAGCCAUCCGCGACGACGACGGUGACGCUGACCCUGCCGCCCAGGAAGGGCCCUUCGUUCCUGAGCCGGCUCGGCAUGCGCGGUUCCUGGAAGCGCGACGGCAGCGCCGUCGACUCCGAUUCCGAGAUGGGCGACGUCCGCACCGACGGCAGCAGCGCCCAGGCCAUGACGUCCAUCAUCGGCGCCGGCGGAGGCUACAUCCCCCUGUACAAGGAGCCGCCGCGCUACAUCCGGGUCAAGCCGCACAACAAAAAGGGCCGAGAGUUCAACCGGCUGUUCCUCGCCCAGGAGCUGCAGGGCAGCCGGCAGAGCGCCGGCGACGGAUCCGGCGGCGGCCGCGCGCCGGCGACGGCCGUCGGCAGCAAGAUCCUCAAGCCCGGCGACGCCAUCUGGGCCGCCGAGUUCAGCGUGGACGGGCGGUACCUCGCCGUCGCCGGCAAGGACCAGACCGUCCGCGUCUUCUCCGUCAUCUCGACGGCCGAGGACCGCCGCGCCCACGAGGAGGAGGAGGAGGCGCGGAACAAGGGCAACGGCGAGAAGCUCAGCGCGCCCGUCUUCCUCACCAAGCCGACGGCCGAGUUCGAGGGGCACACGGGCGAGGUGCUGGCCUUGAGCUGGAGCAAGAACAACUUCCUGCUCUCGUCGUCGAUGGACAAGACGGUCAAGCUGUGGCACCUGAGCCGCCGGGAUUGCCUCUGCACCUUCCGGCACAACGACCUCGUCACCUCCAUCGCCUUCCACCCCACCGACGACCGCUUCUUCCUCGCCGGCUCCCUCGACGCCCAGCUGCGGCUGUGGAGCAUCCCGGACAAGGCCGUCGCCUUCUCGGCCCAGACGCACGAGUUCAUCACCGCCGUCGCCUUCUCACCAGACGGGAAGACGGCCAUCUGCGGCAUGCUGAGCGGCCUCUGCCUCUUCCACGAAACCGAAGGCCUCAAGCAGCUGUUCCAGAUCCACGUGCGGUCGUCGAGGGGCCGCAACGCCAAGGGGAGCAAGAUCACGGGCAUACGGACGGCCGUGGCGCCGGCCGAGUCCCAGCACGGCGACGUCAAGGUCCUCAUCAGCUCCAACGACUCGCGCGUGCGCAUCUACAGCCUCCGGACGCGCAUGCUCGAGGUCAAGUUCAAGGGGCUCGAGAACCAGUCGAGCCAGAUACACGCCCGCUUCAGCGACGACGGCCUCUACGUCAUCUCGGGCAGCGAAGAUCGCCGGGCCUACAUCUGGGGCGCCGGCCAGCCCGAGGCGGAGAUGAAGGACAAGCAGCCGUACGAGUGCUUCGACGCGCACCCCGAGGUGGUGACGACGGCGCUCAUGGCGCCCGUCAAGAGCCGCCAGCUGCUCAGCGCCUCGGGCGACCCCAUCUACGACCUCUGCAACCCGCCGCCGAUCACGCUGCGGAGCCUCGAGGAGAGGACGGCGAGCGGGACCCGGCUGCCGGACGGCGGCGGCGGCGGCGGCGGCGAGGCACCGGCGAGCGCCAAGAAGCCCGAGGAGACGCCGGCGUACAUUGAGCGGUCCAAGCACAUGGACGGCAACAUCAUCAUCACGACGGACCGGACCGGCACCAUCAAGGUGUUCCGGCAGGACUGCGCCUUCGCGAAGCGGCUGCAGAACACGUGGGAGACGGGCUCCAAGUUCUCGGGCAAGCUGACGGGCGUCGGCCGGAGCGCCAGCAUCAUGACGAGGACGAGCGCCGGCAGCCGGGCCCACUCGAGACGCGGCUCCCUCAACCUCGGCACGGGGUCCGGACCGGUGCAGCCGGCGUCGGACAGGAUCAUGAGCUGGCGGCAGGAGAUUGAGGGCAGGGCGAGCACGUCGGGCAUGACGACGCGGAGCGAACGGUCCAUGUCGCCGAUGAGGGCGAGCCGGUCGCCGCUCGGCACCUCGGCCGGCCGGCUCGCCGCCGAGGCCCGGAGGCAACCGUUCGGGUCGAGCCCCGUGCUCCGGCCGCACAAGCCGACGAGCCCGGCGAGCAGCUUCGAGACGAGCAAGCCUUCGCUGCGGCUCGUCAAGGACGGCGAGGGGUCCAGCCUGCCGCCGACGCCGAGCUUCAGCCUCGUGAGCGCCUCCGACUCGGACCCGCACACCGACAGGGGGCCCGAGGGGAGCUUCUGGAACAGGGGCCGCUGGAAGGGGGGGCUGCAGGGCCUCCCGGGCCUGCGCUACACGACGAGCGCCAUCUCGUCGGCCUCCCUCUCGGGAUCGGCCCCCGCCGCGUCCCACAUCCGGGCGGGAAGCGACAGCCUCGCGCCGGGGAGCGCCCGGACGGCGGUGCGACGGAGUCUCGGCAUCCGAGAGACGGCGGAAACAGGACUCGGCGAGGACGAGGACCGACGACGAUCGACCGGCACGGCCUUGGCGAAUGCGAGGCCGGCACUGGGCAGGCCCGGACCGCUCGGCGGCGGCAUCGGCAAGGGGGCCGAACGAGUCGGCACGCGGACGAACUCUGGAACGGCACAAGCGGGCACGAAAUAA